UCAUCAACACCGUCCAUCACAGUAAUAUUGAGGGUUAGAAUCGCCUAUACAGCACAAGUCCCGCGGCAGCGAGAACCCUAGCGGCCGUGUUCGGCGAGGAGAGUACACAGAAAUUCCAGCUACAGGCUGAAAGAGGAAAUCUAGAAGCCAUGUCUUUGAUCGCGAACGAGGAUUUCCAGCAUAUUCUUCGUGUUCUGAACACGAAUGUCGAUGGAAAGAAGAAGAUUAUGUUCGCCCUUACAUCCAUCAAAGGUAUCGGCCGACGCUUCGCCAACAUCGUUUGCAAGAAGGCUGAUGUCGACAUGAACAAAAGAGCUGGCGAGCUUUCAGCUGCUGAGCUUGAGAAUCUGAUGACGAUUGUUGCAAACCCCCGCCAGUUCAAAAUCCCGGAUUGGUUUCUGAACAGGAAGAAGGACUACAAAGAUGGGAGAUACUCUCAGGUUGUUUCUAAUGCUUUGGAUAUGAAGCUCAGGGAUGAUUUGGAACGCCUGAAGAAGAUCAGGAAUCAUCGUGGUUUGCGCCACUACUGGGGUCUUCGGGUUCGUGGGCAGCACACCAAGACAACUGGAAGGAGGGGGAAGACGGUUGGGGUCUCCAAGAAGCGAUAAGCUUUCCCUUAUAUGUCUGUCUACUCUUUAUGAUGGAGGCAUUUUUGUGCUUUCAGGAGCUUUCUGUUCUUGUUUAUUUUGAGUAUUCAAGUGAAAUAUCCGGAACUUCUUGUUUUAUUUUUCUGCUGUGUUGUUGAGAAACAUUAUUUUGAAUGUUUUUGUUGUAUUAAAUUAAGCUUUGUGAUUCAGUCCCUGUUAACUGUUUUUCUUUCUCAUGGAAAAUCUAUAAUAACUCUUUUAAUUUC